AUGGCGUCGAUGCUCUCUCGUGCUGCGGCCCGCGGGCUGAUGGCCCCUGUGCGCGGCGCGCCUGUGCGUGCCUUGACGACGACGGGCGUGCGUGCUCGUGCGGACCCUGUGAACCCCGACGGCACCACCGGCCCGCUGCGAGUGUCGCCCGUCCACGACACGCUGAACGUGCGCGACGACCACACGCAGCCGCGCAAGGCGCACACCCUGCGCCCGCCGAAGCAGGAGCCGGACUACCUCGAGGGCCCGAGCGCGCUCGAGAAGGCUGGCCAGCUCUUCCUCUUCACCGAGAUGGCGCGCGGUCUGUGGAUGACGCUCGAGAACUUUUUCCGCCCGCCCUACACGAUCCAGUACCCGUUCGAGAAGGGCCCGCUGAGCCCCCGCUUCCGCGGCGAGCAUGCGCUGCGCCGCUACCCGACGGGCGAGGAGCGCUGCAUCGCGUGCAAGCUAGCGAGACCCGCGCGGACGGCGCGCGGCGCACGACCCGCUACGAUAUCGACAUGA